UCAGUGGACCUUUAGCAGAGGUGGCAGCUGAAAUGCCUAAGCAGCAAAUGAAUGACUAUAAACUUUUUCAAACCAAGGCCAGAUACAGGAUGGGGAUAACCCCAGAUCAUGCCCGUCGGCGUUUCAGAACCCAAAAGUGGAAACCAGAGGUGUCAUUUCCCAAACACGCCUACUACAUUGCAAAAAACUAUGAGGCCUGGAUAACAGGAAACAACAUUCAAACCUUGGAAGAACUGAACCUCCUCAUACAAAUGGAGCAGUUCUUGGAUGGUGUUCCUGAAGACAUCACACGGUACAUACAAGAUGGAAAUCCCAAAGAUAUCGCUGAGGCGGGGGAGAUUGGAGCCAAAUGGAUGGAACUGGCAGAAAGCAAGAAAGCUACUGUCAAGGGGAACGAUUACCCCAGGGGGCACACAGACCAUAAACCCUACAACCGAGGACAGCCAAAGACCCCACAUACCACCCAAGUAAAGCCACAGAUACCCUACCCUUCAACCUCACCAGUCUCCAGUAACUCACCUCGGCCCAGUGACCCAUCAGAUGGAAGAUGCUUUAAGUGUAAUGAACUGGGACAUAUCAAGGCCAACUGUCCCAAGAACACCAUGCGAGUGCAAUUCAUUACACCACCAUCACCCCAAAGAUCCUCAGGCCCGGAUGCCUCUCAAAUACCCUUGGAGCGAAGGGAAAAUUUGAGAGUGGGCGGAAAGAAGGUUACUGCGUGGAGAGACACGGGGGCACAAGUGUCAGCUAUCCACCAAUCCUUCGUUGACCCCAAAUUCAUCAACCCAAAGGCCAAAGUUACAAUUUACCCCUUCAUGUCACAAGCUGUAGACUUGCCUACAGCUCAACUGCCUGUCCAGUACAAAGGCUGGUCAGGAAUGUGGACUUUUGCAGUCUAUGACAAUUAUCCUAUCCCCAUGCUACUGGGGGAAGACUUGGCCAACCAGGUGAGGCGGGCCAAGAGAGUGGGAAUGGUUACACGUAGCCAAACCAGGCAAGCUUCCAGACCCAUUCCUGUUCCUGAGCCGUCCACAGAGGCCCCGUCUGUGUUACCAGAGACCCAGACAGAGGUAGUGGACCCGGAUUCCAUGCCAACCACUGAAACAGCCACAGCACCUCCAGUCCCAGGCCCGGAACUGGAACAGCAACCAGCACCAGCAAGUGCAACCACAUCUUCAAACUCAACGCCAGAGGGCGCCAGCGAGCCAGAACUGGCAGAAGCAAAAGACAGCCAUACCCAAAAGGCUCAGCCAGAGCCUGAAAUACCCUCACGUGCACCAGCGGAGAGCGGUUCACCAGCAACGGAAACAACCCCAUCACCUACAUCGCUUCCAGAGGGACCAAGCCCAAGUCCACAGUCUGAGGAAAAACUGGUGACCCCAGCCUCAAGGGAACAGUUCCAGGCUGAGCAGGAAGCGGAUGACAGCCUUCAGAAAGCUUGGGCGGCGGCACGGAGCACCCCACCGCCUCUCAGCUCUUCUAAUCGAUCCCGGUUUGUUAUAGACCAAGGACUUUUAUACAAGGAAAUUCUUUCUGGUGGACACCGGGAAGAAUGGCAGCCGCAAAAACAGUUGGUGGUUCCAACUAAGUACCAGGGGAAGCUCUUAAGCUUAGCCCAUGAUCAUCCCAGUGGCCAUGCUGGGGUGAACAGAACCAAAGACCGGUUGGGGAAGUCCUUCCAUUGGGAGGGGAUGGGCAAGGACGUUGCCAAGUAUGUCCGGUCUUGUGAGGUAUGCCAAAGAGUGGGAAAGCCUCAAGACCAGGUCAAGGCCCCUCUCCAGCCACUCCCCAUAAUUGAGGUCCCAUUUCAGCGAGUAGCUGUGGAUAUUCUGGGCCCUUUCCCAAAAAAGACGCCCAGAGGAAAGCAGUACGUACUGACUUUAGUGGACUUUGCUACCCGAUGGCCAGAAGCAGUAGCUCUAGGCAACACCAGGGCUAACACUGUGUGCCUGGCCCUAACAGACAUUUUUGCCAGGGUAGGUUGGCCCUCCGACAUCCUUACAGAUUCAGGGUCUAAUUUCCUGGCAGGGACCAUGGAAAAACUGUGGAAAACUCAUGGGGUGAAUCACUUGGUUGCCACCCCAUACCACCAUCAAACCAAUGGCCUGGUGGAAAGGUUCAAUGGAACUUUGGGGGCCAUGAUACGAAAAUUCAUCAACGAAUUCUCCAAUAAUUGGGACCUAGUGUUGCAGCAGUUGCUGUUUGCCUACAGGGCUGUACCACAUCCCAGUUUAGGGUUUUCACCAUUUGAACUUGUGUAUGGUCACGAGGUUAAGGGGCCAUUAUAGUUGGUGAAGCAGCAAUGGGAGGGGUUUACACCUUCUCCAGGGACUAACAUUCUGGACUUUGUAAGCAACCUACAAAACACCCUCCGACACUCUUUAGCCCUUGCUAAAGAAAACCUAAAGGAUGCUCAAAAAGAGCAAAAGGCCUGGUAUGACAAACAUACCAGAGAGCGUUCCUUCAAGGUAGGAGACCAGGUUAUGGUCUUGAAGGCGCAACAGGCCCA